AUGGACCCGCGAAAUGACCGAACUUGCAUUGAGCUAUUUUUCUUUCUUAGGAUUGUCGCUCGGGUAGACCAAAAGGACCUGGACCAAGACGCCAGAAAAGGAUUCAGUUUACUCCAGCUAAAUUCUUCGGACAACAUCAAACACUUUAUACCUCAGGGUAUUGCUUUAACUAAUCUAGAAAACGAUGUGGGAACAACUUGUAAACUUCUGGCUCCACGACACGGAUAUAUCUACUCAUUUCAACUUCAAAAUGUAGCUGCAGAAGAUCCCAUAGAAUGCUCUCAUAGGUACGGCAUUGAUGCCGCUCAAAAUACAUCGUGCUUUUCACAAAGUCUCUGCCUUCAAAGUGGUCUUGGAGGUGUGCUUACGUGUACAAACUCAACGCUGGGUUUCUACAUUGAAGGCGCCGACUGUUAUCAAGGCCAGAUCGGAUGGCCUGUGCUUGUCUCCGUGGUUACCGCUGAUGUACUCAAGUGGAUAUGGAUUACAACAGGGAAGCUCAAGAGGAUCUGUGGCUUUGCUAGAAACAAUGGGGAGUCUUUCCCUUGGUUCACCUAUUUCAAUCUGACCACUCAGUCCGGCGGGCUGUGCCUUGGCGUCUAUACACAAAACGAUACUUUCCCUCUCAUCACCUCAGUACGGUGCCUGCGUCAAUGUCUCCAGUCUAUGAACUCAAAGGAUGAAGGAUGCGUGUUGGAAAGUGUGUGGAGCGACGACAGCUGGACUGAACUGUGUGCAGCGAAGAACAUCGUCCAACGUACCUUGGCUACAGUGUCGCCGUGGCGCCAGUGUUUGGUUGCCUAUCUCGCCUCACCAGAAAAAAAAGGAGUGUUAUUUGAACGCGUCCAUGUGUCCGCCUUUAAGGAUUGUGCUGGUGAACGUUUUUACAGCCCUUUCAUGGUCGAACAGGGUCUCUGCAUUAGGGCUGUGGGGGCCGAAUUAAAUUGCUCGGCGUGGGGAGAGGCGGGGUUAGUGCAGUGUCAACGCGCCACUGAUGGCCUGUGGGAAUUUGUGGGCAUCACGCAGGCCUGUUUUCGCGCGUCCCAGCGGCGGUGGUUUAUGCGGGUGAUGGAACUCUGA